AUGUAGAUUUAAAAUUUAGAAAAUAUUUUAAUUGUUCAUGACGAUCUUGAUAUUUAAUUUGGAAAGGUAAAAAUUAAAAAAGGAGGGAGUGCAGAAGGGCAUAGAGGAAUAAAAUCAAUUAUUGAAUAAUUAGAAACUAAUGAAUUUAAAAGAAUGAAAAUAGGAGUUGGCCGAAUACUCGAGAAAAAGAUAUAAUUAAAACAUAUGUUCUAAGUGAAUUUAAUGAAGAAGUUUAUAGAAAGAGUAUUAGCAUUUACUAAAUUACAAGAAAGAUAAAAGUAUAAAAUAGAUGAUGGAAUGAGUUUUGGAGCAGAUUUUACCUUAAAUCCUGAACUUUAUGAAAUUCUAGGAUAUAUAAGGGUAUCUAAUAAUACUAGAAAGAAAUUCAUUUAUACAAAAACUUAAAAAAUAUAAGAAAACAACUAUUUGGAAAUAUUUAUGUAAGAAGAACUGCCAAAUUAGGACGAAAUAUAAUUACUAUAAUUAUUUUUUUAAUAAAUUAUUGUUUGUUACGAUAUAAUAUUUGUAGAAUUAACAAAAGAUUGA